AUGCCAGAGGGCACGGUGAAUUUUGCGUUUAUCCGAUGCGUUAGUGCGUUCGCUGCGUUUGCGUUCAAUCCACAUGUGUUUGCGUUAAAUUGCAUGCGUUGGAAAAAAUGCGUUGAUGCGUUCGAUGCGUGUGCCUGUGGCCUAACUUCCAAUAAGGCCUCGACAUUGGAAUGUAUCAGGAUAACUGGAAUCCUUGGAAAAUCGGAGGAGAGAAUUGAUAAAGGUGUACGAGAAGUCCUCACAUUUGUUGACAUUGAACAGCCUGGGCCAGAUUUCGAUGAAGAUGAACGGCAGAAAUGGCUCCGAGUAAGAGAAGAAGAAGAAAAUGUGGACAAGAAACUUACAUUGAAUCUGAGUGUCCGAGUAGUCUUGACGCUGAAAAACGCAAAAACGCAUCACAAAAACGCCAAACUCUCCCGGCCCGACGCCAGAUUGGUAGCCUUUCUGGAAAAUCCGCUCAGCAAGCGAGAGAUCAUUAAUGGCCACUUCAAAUCCAUCGUCUGCGAGUCGGAGAGCGAUGGUCUAUCCUAUUUCUUCAGCAGCCGUGUGAUGUGUUUGGACGUGGUAGACGACAUGAAAAAUGAUAGCAGAGUUAGGUGAAAUGACGCCAGUACGGCCGUGGAAUGAAGACGUAUUGUAGUACUAUUUCUUAAGAUACCAGAGUUAUGUCUAGCAUCAGAACCAGUGGCACAAAUUCGGGAGCAAAUCGCCAAAUAAAAUGCCGCCCGAGCAAAGAAGUCGAACCGGAAGGGACACGCGUGGCGCAGAAGAAGUAUUGAGUUUGGUACAGAUUAUGUGUGGGCCGGACGUCAACUCCUAGUACGGAGCAGUGAGUGAAAAAUCGGUGGGAUGAGAAGC